GAACCACGACUGCGUGGCGCCGGUAAAUUCACCUCCAAGCCCCACUCGCACCAUUCUACGCGCGUGGUGCUCACUCCCACCACACAAACCACUCCCCAGCUGAAAGAGUCCAUAAUUUCACACCAUCGUCAAAGAUUGGUAAAAUUCCCUCGACUGAUAAUCCGAUUCAUAUACGAGAGAGAGUCAGCUUGUGUAGAGAUCGAAUUCAUGGACGCGCGGCGUUUCUGGGCGGUGCUGUUAGUGGCGGCGGCUGUGGUCCCGGCGGCGCUCGGGGUGUGGCUGGACUUGCCAAGCACGGGGACGAAGUGCGUUUCGGAAGAAUUGCACAACAACGUCGUCGUUUUGGGUGAUUACUACGCUUUCAUCGGCGAGGAUUAUGACGUGAACAACACCGUCAACCCUUCUAUUACCGUCAAGGUUACGUCGCCGUACGGAAAUGACCUCUAUCAUCAGGAAAAAGUCUCACAUGGACAGUUUGCAUUUACAACGACUGAGAUGGGAAACUAUGAGGCUUGCUUUUCAUUAGACAAUGAUCAUCAUGGUAAAAGGGUAACAGUUGGUAUUGAGUGGAAAACAGGGAUUGCUGCUAAGGAUUGGGACUCUGUUGCAAAGAAAGAAAAAAUCGAGGCAAGUUUUGUGGAAGCCGAGAUGAGGGAGGUUAGUGAGAAGACUAAUGCUCGAGUCGCAUGGUACAGUUUAGUGUCACUCGCUUUAUGCAUUGUGGUUUCAAUUACUCAGAUAUUCUACUUGAGGCGAUAUUUUCUGAAGAAGAAGCUCAUAUAG